UGGAAAGGCAGAAUGCCACUUAAGUAUUUUAUAGCGCAACAAAUGAAAUCCAGCGACACCAUGAGAAGACUCUGUCAGCUUCCUGUGGGAUCUAACGCUAAUAUGUAGCAUAGCGGCAAACUGAGUGUAAAGAAAAAGUCUUCGUCAUGGACGGGGGAUUAAUUAUCACUUUAGUAUCGGUUGCGAUGUUUGUAGGUUGUUUUGUUCUUGGAUUCAUCCCACUGUUGUUCAGACUCUCUGAGAAAAGCCUGCAGUUUGUCUCCAUCCUGGGGGCAGGACUCCUGUGUGGGACAGCACUGGCUAUCACCAUCCCUGAGGGAGUGGGCUUACUGGAGGACUCAUGGAGAGCAUCCUCCUCCUCCUCUGAUGUGCCAUCCAGUCUGAAUACCAGUGAUAAAAAUAAAAAUGCAACAUCCACAGAGAGAGGCCAUCCACCUCGGUUCUUCAUCGGGGUGGCUUUAACGUUUGGGUUCACCUUCAUGUUUGUAGUGGAUCAGAUCGCAAGUUACUUCUCCAUGCCUGAGCGAUCGACUCGUUUGCCAAACAGUGUCGGCAUCACAGCCACUCUGGGGCUGGUUAUUCAUGCAGCAGCUGAUGGAUUUGCUGUUGGUGCAGCUGUGGCCACGGGGCAAGUUACAGUGCAAGUUAUAGUAUUUUUAGCUGUGAUCCUACACAAGGCGCCUGCAGCUUUCGGUUUGGUCUCCUUCCUGAUGCAUUCAGGCCUUGAAAAGAAGUACAUUCAGGGACAUCUAUUGGCCUUUUCAGCUGCAGCACCUAUACUUGCCAUCACCACUUACUUCAUAUUGCACGCAUCUGGCAGUUCGUCUCAGAACCAGCUCAGUGCAACCGGUUUGGGAAUGCUUUUCUCAGCGGGGACUUUCCUCUAUGUGGCAACAGUGCAUGUUCUUCCUGAGAUCAGCAGCAGCAGCAGCAAGACGGGCCAACCCCCCUCUGACCCCCAGCAGCACACUGGAGCAGACUCCCCCCAAAAUCACCGACACCUGGGGCUCCUGGAGAGCCUCACUCUGAUCCUCGGGGUCGGGUUCCCGAUGGUGCUGGCUCUCGGGCUGAAUGAUGACUGAGAGAGAAAUGUCAGGGGGAAUCAAGGGUAGUGCAAAGUCCAGUGUGCUGUGCCAAAACGCCUGAAAGAAGAACACCUGUUUAACGAGCUGUGAAGUUUUUAUUACCUGUAUGACAUAAGUGAGACAACAAUGUGCCUUGAAAAAAUGUUGCUUGCUGUGCUACUUGCAAAUGGAAAUGAUUUACAUGUUUAUUUGCAUUUAGAGCAGAGAAGAGACAGGAAAUGUCAGAUCACCCAAGACAUAUGUUUUUGCCAGGUGUGAUGAGGGCCUUAUUAUUGAUAGAAUUCCUUUUGAGUCCAGCUAUUGUUUGUGUAAUAAAAGAGCUCUCCAGUGGGUGUAAAGAAUCCGAUAGCUAAUAUAUUGUAUCCUUGGCAGACCUAGUUUUCUUUAAAAGGGUGUGAUUGUUUGCCAAGUUUGAAUACAGUAAGACUUCUCGAGGUCCUUUCACAAUGUCUGACAAAGACUCUGAUAGUCUGAGGACACGGCAUGUUCAGGGUGAACAACCAAUACAAAUACAAAUACAUUUAAUCAAUCAAUCAAAAUCAAAAUUACUUCAUUUUUAUCCCCAAGGGGAAAUUCAGUUAGUCUGAUAGAAUCUCUGGAAGAAUGAGACAGUCUGAUGGCUGUAGGAGUGAAUGAUCUUUUGUAUCUUUCCAUCCUGCAAUGGAGAUACAAAAGUAAUACUAAAUACUUUUACAGGAACAACAAAAUAAUGUGAUACUGUCUCUAUGAUUUCCUCUGUUAUUUGGUGAGCUUGAAAACAGAAAUAAACUAGUAUGGUUUUGAAGUUUUUAUAAGUACAACUGCCAACGCCUCAUAAAUGUGAGGUGGAACAUCAGCAAAAUAUGUAAGAAGUCCAGCAGUUUUUUACAUCUGUUAUCAAGUGGGUAAUUCUAAUCAUGGAUGUUUUACUACAUUUAUGUCCAAGUCACUUUAAGAAUCAGGGUUAUGUAUCUUUCAGUUUCUUCUUCAGCACAACCAUAAGUCUACAUGAAAUAAAAAUAUGUCUGCUUGUGUAAGGAUGGCUUAUUCUCAUAGUGUUCAUUACAAACAUGGAAACAAAAUGUCAACUGUAAAUGAGAGAUUUCCAUAUCUAUUUUAUGAUAAAGCAGGUGCUUAUAUAAAUACUGUGAAAGUUUCCAAACACUCGGAGAAAUGCACACAGUCCAUAUUCAGAAAGUGUGCCGAGCUGUCAGGAC